CGUUAAACUUGAUAUACAUUAAUAAUUAUUCUCUUAAAUUCAGAACAAAAUUUAUCAAAUGGCAACUUUACCAAGUUGUAUGUAUUGGACAUUUACUAAUACUGGUUUAUUAAUACAAGAUUGGUUAUUAAAACCAGUUCGACCAAUUAAUUUAAAUGAAGCAAUUCAUCAAUUACAUUUAUCAUCUAUUAUAUAUUCUAAUAAUCAAUUAAUUAAUUCCAUUGAAAGAUUUAAUGAUAAUACUACAAUAUAUAAUGAUAGAAUACAACAAAUCAUACAAAUUAUAUUUUAUUUUAGUUUACCAUUAUUACCAGCUGCAACAAUUCUAUUUGCUAUUGUAAAUAUAUUUAUUGAAUCAAAACAUUAUACAUGUCCAAAAUAUACCUUAUUUACACGUCCUUAUAUACAAAAUUUAUCACAAUAUUUAAUUGUAUUCUAUAUAUUAACAUGUAUUAAUUCAUCAUUAAUAUGGUUAAUUAUAUUACCACGUUAUAUACCAAUGUCAUUUGGAUAUUAUAAUUUAAUUAAUAAGAAUUUAACAUCUUCAUAUAUAGAUAUAUUGAAUAAUAAUAAUAAUACACCAAAAUUUAUAACACAAUUACCAGCUAUGUUAACAAUGCAAAUUGUAUUACGUUUAACAUUAUGUUGGUUAACUAUUGGUUUAUUAAUUAAUCGUAUUUAUAUUUUAAAUGAAUUACAUAUGAAUCCAUUAAAAAAAUCAUUUGGAUAUUAUAUAAAUUAUUUAUAUACAUUAAUAAAAGAUAAUUUAAAUGAAGAUCAUUAUUUAACUACAUUAAAUAAUCAUAAUAAUAAUAAUAAUACUGGUACAUUAUUGAAUGAUAGUGAACAACAAAAUCAACCAAUGAAAUCAAUAUUUCAAUAUUUAUUCAAAUUUGCCACCAAUUUAUGUUCAAUACAAAAAUGUCCAAUAUGUAAACAAAUUAAUUAUAAUUGGUCAGAUGACUAUAUAUGUUUUAUUUGUAAACCAAAUUAUAAUAAUAAAAAUAAUAAUAAUAUAAAAAUAUUAAAUCAACAAAUAAUUAAAAAUAAAUCAACAAAUAAAAAUAUUUAUUUAAGUAGUAUACUAAAUAUGAAGAAAAUAAAUUGUACUAUAGUUGGACGUUUAAUAUUAAUAAUAAGUUUAUUAAUUACAUGUUCAUUAGCAAUUUGUUUACCACAAGUAUGGUCAUAUCAAUUAAUUGGAAUUAAUUUAAAAAUUAAGUCAUUUAAUCCAUAUAUUACUACUACUACUACCACUACUACUACUAAUGUAGAACAAAUUAGUAGUACAAGUAGUAGUAAUAAUAAUCAUGACAAAUAUUAUCCAGCAUGGCGUUUAUUAAAUAAAACUGGUCAAACAUUAUAUGAAUAUUGUUUUGCAGCAAUUAGUUUUGUUAUACCAUGUUGUACAAUUAUUGUAUGUUUAUUAUUAUUAAUAAUACGUCUAUUAAAAAUGAAAUAUGAAUUCAAUCAUAUUAUAUUACAUAAUAUUAAUUUUAAUAAAAAAGAUAUAAAAUUUUAUAAACUAUAUAUAAAUAUAAUUAAAUGUUGUUUAAUCUAUUUAAUACAAGAUAGUAUAUUAAUAUUAAUUAUAGGUAUUUUACAAUUGUGUUGUACAAUACCAUAUUUAAUGACAAAUUCAAUUAAUCGUUUAGAAUGUUUAUUAAUAAGUAAUCAAUCAAAAAAUCAAUUUAUACCAAUUUUAUCACCCAUAGCAACAACAACUACUACACCAGCAACAACAGCAUCAGCAACACCAGCAACAACAACAGCAACCAUAGCAACUGAAUCAUAUUGGCCAACACGUCAAAAUUGGUUAUUUAUAGAAAUGAAUAAUUUAUUUGGUGAUUUUUUAAUUCAAUUAAUUAUUUUAUCUGUACAUUUAUGUGAAACAAAUUAUUUAUUAAUAAAUAAUUAUAAAUUUAAUAAUUUUGACAAAAUUUGGUUAAAAUAUAUAAAUAGAAAUAAACAAAAUACUAAUAUGAUUCAAUGUCAACAUAAUAAUUAUGAAUUAAAUGAAUUAAUGAAACUUCAUGAAAUCAAUGAAAAAAUUAUUGAAUAUCAAGAUAAUUAUGAAUGUAAUCAACAUGGAAAUAAUGAUGGUAAUAACGAUGAUAUUGAUGAUCAUGGUAAUGGUGACAGUAAUGAUGAUGAUGAUGAUGCCGAUGUUAACAAUCUUGAUGAUGACAAUAAUCAUAUUGAUAUUAAUAUUGAAAAUGGUAAUAGAAAAAAGUUAUAUACAUAUCAAAUGAAAACACCAACAGAUAGUGGACAAACAAGUAAAAAUAUAUCACCAUUACCUAUUUCACAUACAAUAUCUGAUGUACUUUUAUCACCAAAGUUUCGAUCAAAACAAACUAUUUAUAGAUUAAAUCAACAGUAUAGAACACAUCGAUCUACACCAUCAACUUUACCAUCUCCAUUAUUACAGCGUAUACCAGAAAUGAUCAAUUAUGAUCCAACAUAUCAUUAUCAACAGCAACAACAACAACGUAAUAAUAACUGUAAUAGUUUUACAACAAAAUAUCCAAUUAAUUCAUAUGUCGAACCAAAAACAAAUAUGGCUAGUUUAACAUAUUCACCAAGAUCACGUCAUCCUUGUCGAUUACAGAAUAAAAUACUACCGAAUGAUUCAACCAAGUUAAUUAACAAUAAUAAUAAUAAUAUUCAUUUGUCAAAUCCAUCAUCUUUAAUUCAAUCAACAAAAUUGAUCACAACACCAAAUAUGAAUUUGACUCGUAUUCAACAAAAUCGACAAAUCGGGAAUAAUUCACCACCACCAUUGCCUCCUCCACCAAAACAUUUAAUAUACAUGCUUGGAGGUGAUUCAUCAAUCUAUUCAACACCGCAUGGAUCACCACAACAAGUAAAUACACGUAAACAUAUGAUCUUAAAUAGCUCUAACAGCAAUACUUCUAAUAAUAAUAAUAAUAAUAUUUCAGUAGACUACUCGCCAGAUUUAUUACAUGUAAGUAGUAUUUCAAAACAUGAAAGUUCAACAACUGGAAGUUUCCGACAAACUGAUUCAGGUGUUACAAAUAUGGGCGGUUCAUUAAUUGAUAGUGAACAAUAUGAAGCAAAUACAAUCGUAACAUGA